CUGGACGCCAUUCCACAUAGUUUGGAUAUGGCCAUUCUUUGAUUGCAUUAACGGUGAGGGGAGAACGGGGAAAUGUUUAAAUAAAUCAGGUCAUUAAAACAUUAGGUAUUGGCUUUGUCCAAACGGUGUAGUUAGCUAGUCGUUACGGUUGCAUAACUGUUAGCUAGGUAACGUUUCAUCAUCAGACAGAUACAUUUUUAGCUUGGUACUGUUGGCUAGCUAAUAGCUCCUGCGAACUAAUUUGAAGCUCUGCUCAAACAGAGUCGAUGUAGGAGUAAAACGACGGUGACCUUACAAGGGAUUCCACAGGUGACCUCACAAGGGAUUCCACAGAUGACCUCACAAGGGAUUCCACAGGUGACCUCACAAGGGAUUCCACUGUUCUGGUGACAGGAAGAAGAUCGGACCCUGAAAUAACUUGUCUUUGACAGAGACUCAUAAUGCAGCACUUCCCGAAGCUCCCAGUGUGGCAGGAGAUAUAGGAGACCUGUGAAUACACAGGAGAGAGACACACCUCACAGUAGUGACAGCUCCAUUCAAUAGCAAGUUGUUAUUUUUAUUUUUACACGAAAAAAAAAACAUUCUAACUCUGCUGAGACAAAAUGAGUUCUGAGAAGGAAGCGUUGAUGGAUGAAAUCGAAAAGAGUUUAUGGAAUCUAACUGAGGACAAUUUACGCUACAUGUGUGAACGUUGUGGAUUAGAUGGCUCUGAAAUUAAAGGGAUGAAUCAUCGCUUAUUAAGGCGUAAAGUCAUGGAGGAAAUGUGGGACAAUACGGAUUCAAUGAAAUCAGAGGAGCAGGGAAUGUCUUGGUUAGUCCAACUGAAAGAGGACAUCAGGAGGACACAGGAGGAGAGUAGCAGUGCACUUAUGAGUCCCAGCCAAUCAGAGGAUGUAGACCGCAAUAAAGAACACAACAAGGGGGACAGGGAUUGGUUGCCGAGCAACGGACUGACAGCGGAGCCCUUGCAUCCCAGUCAAUGUGAUGAUGAUGCUGUCGACUGCGAUGAAGAAUGGAAUGAAGAGGGAGGAGCUGGGUUGCUUAGCAACACACCAGACCAGAGUAAAUUAAAGAGGCACAUCAGAUCGCACACUGUUAAACAACACACAGUGAAACCUCACCACUGCUCGGAUUGUGGGAAGCAAUUCAUUGUAAAAUCAAGCCUUAAACAUCACCGGCUAGUUUUUCACACAGAUCACCCUCAUCGCUGUGGUCAAUGUAAGAAGAGCUUCAUAACUGCAUCAAGAUUGGAAUCGCACAUAAAAACACGACACCCGCCAAGUGAUCCUCUGAAGAAUCCACACGUGUGCUCUAAAUGCGGUAGGGCAUUCCCUGUGGCUGCCAGUCUUAAGAGACACCUGAGAACUCAUACUGGGGAGAAACCGUACGUCUGCCCCCAGUGUGGAAAGGACUACAGUGACUGUGGAAACUUGAGGAAACACAUGAGAAGAACUCACCCAGUAGAAGAGACGGUUGUGGAGAGUUUCGCCACUCAGAGGAGCAUCCCUACAGGGAAUGUGGAGGAAAUGCAGGACAAUACGGAUUCAAUUAAAUCGGAGGAGCAGGGAACAUCUUGGUCACUCCAACUGAAAGAGGACCUCAAAGGGAUACAGGAGAAUGGUAGCGUUGUACCCAUGAGUCCCGGCCAAUCCGAUGACGAUGGUGCUGAUGACGACGAUGACGACGAUGAUGCUGUAGACUGCAACGUCAAGGACAGGGAUUGGUUGCCGAGCAACGGACUGAAGGCGGAGCCCAUGAGUCCCAGCCAAUCCGAUGACGCUGUAGACUGGGACGAGGAGGACAGGGAUUGGAUGGCUAGCGAUGGGCUGGAGGUGGAGUUGUCUCCAGAGAGGCACACACCAGAGCAGAGAGUGAGAGAGGACAAGCCUCCACCACCCUCCUCCCCUCUCCCAGAGUCUCCAGGUCAUGCCUCUCCCAGUAGUGUAUUACUGCUGGGUCUGAAGAGGGUGUCUGUGUGGCUGGUCGACUGCAGGGAGACACCGGGGCAGAGUAGCCAUAUAAUACACAAGACAACACAGACGGGAGAGAAACCCCACAGCUGGUCUAAUGCUGAACAACACAAAACCCUCUCAGGAGACAGGCCUGGCUCCCAUAUCUGUGAUCACUGUGGGAAGAAUUUUGGCACUGCUUCCAAUCUGAAAACACAUUUACCGUGUCUGUCUGGAGAGAAACCACACGUCUGCUCUGAAUGUGGAAAGAGGUUCACCCAGGCCGGCAGUCUUCAGAGACACCAGAGAACUCAUACGGGGGAGAAACCGUACGUCUGUCCUCGUUGUGGGAGGGCUUGUACUGAUUCUGGAAACUUAAAGAGACACAUCAGAAAAACUCACCCAGGAGAGGAAGUCAUUGUGAAGAGACUUGCCUAUCAGAAGAGCGUCCGUAAUGCUAAAGAAUACAAACAAGCCCACUCCGGAGAUGGCUCUCAUAUCUGUGAUCACUGUGGUAAGAAUUUUACCACAGCAAGAAGUCUAAAACUACACAUACAGUCCCUGCAGAGAAGGAGAGAGAACUUGACUGCAGAGAAACCACACGUCUGCUCUGAAUGUGGAAAGGGCUUCAGUCAGGCUGGAAGUCUGAAGAGACACCUGAGAACUCAUACUGGGGAGAAACCGUACGUCUGCCAUCAUUGUGGGAAGGCUUGCAGUGAUUCUGGAAACUUACAGAAACACAUCAAAAGUCACAUGGGUAAACAACACACAGUGAAACCUUACCUCUGCUCUGAAUGUGGGAAGCAAUUCAUUGGAAAACAAAGCCUUGAACAUCACCGGGAGGUUUUUCACACAGACCACCCUCACCGCUGUGGUCAAUGUAAGAAGAGCUUCAUAACUGCAGCAAGAUUGGAAUCGCACAUAAAAACAAGGCACCCGCCUAGUGAUCCUCUGAAGAAUCCACACGUGUGCUUGGAAUGCGGAAGGGGAUUCCCUGUGACCGCCAGUCUUAAAAGACACCUGAGAAUCCAUACUGGGGAGAAACCGUACUCCUGCCCUCAGUGUGGAAACAGUUACAAUGAUCGUGGAAAUUUAAAGAAACACAUCAGAACUCACACAGAAGAGAAACCCUACCACUGCUCGGUGUGUGGGAUGAAGUUCCGUCAUACAAAAACGUUACAACGGCAUCACCAGGAGAACCACAACGGGGAGACACUGGGUCCCAUCCACAGGCACCAAGACCCUCUUCCAUGCCCCCACUGCGGGGAGGAGUUCUCAUCCAAGGCUCUUCUGAAGGAUCAUCUACGGACCCACUCUAGCCGGGUUCACUGCUCCCGAUGCGACAAGACCUUCUCCACUAAAAGUAACUUACUGGUUCAUCAGCGGAUACACACUGGAGAGAGGCCUUACCUUUGCCCUCAGUGUGGAAAGAGUUUUUCUCUGGCAGGGAGUUUAAAACUUCAUCUCCGGAUACAUGCGGGUGAGAAACCAUACUGCUGUACUUACUGUGACAAGAGAUUCACAAGUAAGAGUCACUGCAAUCUUCAUCUGCGAAUCCACACUGGAGAGAAACCGUACCAAUGCCCUGACUGCGGGAGGUGUUUCGCUGACGGGAAUGUCCUGAAAAACCACCGCCGGACCCACACAGGAGAGAAACCGUUCCAAUGCCGCUUGUGUGAUAAAGCCUUCGCUCAGUUGAGCAGUCUGAAGAAACAUCAGGAGACACACAGGCUAACACAGCCUGUCUCUGUCCCAAGACUCCCUAAUCCCUACCUACCACCCAAUCAGCAUGUCCCUUAUCCCUACCCAUCACAGAUUCAAUGGUAACCUGGUUUACACCUUACCAAGUUGUCCGGUGUUCUGUUACCCGGUAACCUGUCUGUUACCCGGUAACCUGUCUGUUACCCGGUAACCUAUCUGUUACCUGUCCCAGAUAGGAAGGAUGCAUUUCUAGCAUAUUGGGACAGGAACCUAGACUUUUGCUUAAACCUGUCCAAUCCCUUGUAGAUAACUAGAUGGAAAUGAAUUGAAGGAUCCAUUUAUUUUCUUUUAAUGUGUUAUGAUUUUAUUGAGGCAGGUUUGCAGUCAUUGAGGAUUGAUAUGCUGUAUAUAGAGCUUGGAAUAGAUUGUUGUUGUUUUUUGUCCAUCUGUCUCAAAAUAUUUAUUUUGCUCAAAGUUCAUAUUUUAUCUCCAGAGUUUUUGUAUUCACAGUUGAUAUUUGGAUAUGUUGUUCAUUUUGAAACCGUGUUUAAAAUUCAUGGCCGAACCUCAACUGGUGGAAAUAAAAUGGUGACAAUGA